AUGUCGACGCUGGCCCCCUGCGGCUGCUGCGUGAAGCCCUGGAACGCCAGCGAGGGCAACCAGAGCAACGCCACGGCCGGGGCUGGCGGCGCCUGGUGCCAGGGGCUCAACAUCCCCAACGAGCUGUUCCUCACACUGGGGCUGGUGAGCCUGGUGGAGAAUCUGCUGGUGGUGGCCGCCAUCCUGAAGAACAGGAACCUGCACUCACUGUACUACUUCAUCUGCUGCCUGGCUGUCUCCGACAUGCUGGUGAGCAAGAACCUGACGGAGACGCUCUUCCUGCUGCUGCUGGAGCACGGUGUGCUGGUGGUCCGACCCACCAUCGUCCGCCACAUGGACAACGUCGAUGACAUGCUCAUCUGCAGCUCCAUCGUGUCCUCCUCCUUCCUGGGGGUCAUCGCCGUGGACCGCUACAUCACCAUCUUCUACGCGCCGUACCACAGCAUCAUGACCCUGCAGCGGGCCGUGGUGACCAUGGCCAGCGUCUGGUUGGCCAGCACUGUCUCCAGCACCGUUCUCACCUACUACCGCAGCAACGCCAUCCUCCUCUUCAUCGGCUUCUUCCUCUUCAUGCUGGUCCUCAUGCUGGUGCUCUACAUCCACAUGUUUGCCCUGGCCCGCCACCACCUCCGCAGCAUCUCCAGUCAGCAGAAGCAACCCACCGUCUACCGCAGCAGCAGCCUGAAGGGAGCUGUCACCCUCACUAUCCUCCUAGGCGUCUUCUUCAUCUGCUGGCCUUUCUUCUUCCACCUCAUCCUCAUCGUCACCUGCCCCACCAACCCCUUCUGCACUUGCUUCUUCAGCUACUUCAACCUCUUUCUCAUCCUCAUCAUCUGCAACUCAGUGGUUGACCCCCUCAUUUACGCCUUCCGGAGCCGGGAGCUCUGGCGGACGCUGCGGGAGUUGGUGCUGUGCUCCUGGUAG